AUGGAAAAUUUUCAUACUAAAGGAGAUAGUAAUGGAAUCACAGUAAAUGCUUUAAAUUUAAGUUCUUCAGUUGGUCAUGAGGGAAAAGAUAAAUUAGUUAUUUUAGAUAAUUUAAAUUUUUAUUUAAAACCUGGAACUCUUACUUUAUUAUUAGGUUCCCCGGGAUGUGGCAAAACUUCACUCUUUAGAGUAUUAUCAAAUCAAUUACAUGGUGAAAAUGUAACAGGAACUCUUUUGUUUAAUGGUGAUUAUAUCAAUCCAGUUAAUCACCAUAAGAAAAUAUCUUAUGUUAAUCAGGAAGAUUAUCAUAUGGCAUCCUUAACAGUUAGACAAACUUUACAGUUUAGUGCUGAUUGCCAGAUAAAUAAAUGUAAAGAAGAAAGAAAUAAAAAAGUUGAUCAAGUUAUAGAGUUGUUGGAUUUAGAAAAGCAUCAAGAUACACUUGUUGGAAAUGAGUUUUUGAGAGGUAUUUCCGGUGGCCAAAAGAAAAGAGUUACAAUUGGUGUAGAGAUUGUUAAAGAUAAUAGUGAGAUAUUUCUAAUGGAUGAAAUUUCUACAGGUCUUGAUUCUACAACCACUUUUGAAAUUAUAAAAAAAUUAAAAAAACUUGCAACAGAAGAGAAUAAAACAUUUUUAGUUUCAUUACUGCAACCUGGCGUUGAAGUUACAAAUUUAUUUGACAAUCUUUUAAUUUUGGCACAGGGCAAAAUGGCAUAUUUUGGUCCAUUAGAGGAUGGUAUUGGUUACUUUGAAAGUUAUGGAUUCAAGCUUCCACUUCACCAUAAUCCAAGUGAAUUCUUUCAAGAAAUUAUUGAUGAGCCAGAAUUGUAUUAUAAUCAUCAAGAUCCGGUUCCGCUCAAAGGUGCAAGUGAUUUCAGUAAUGCUUUUUUAAAUUCAGAACACUACCAAAAUCUUGUAACAGAGUUAAACACCCUUUCAAAUAUAUCCACACCUUGCCCAGUGAGUACAACUGCAAACGGAGUUGGUAUUAUUGAAUCACCAUAUUACAUAUCCCAUUUUAGACAAAGCUAUUUAACUUCAUUAAGGGCUUUUAGAAUGCUAUCAAGGAAUCCAAUCGCAAUAUAUAUUAGAAUUAUCAAGUCUGUAGUUGUUGGUUUAAUGCUUGGGUCUCUGUAUUAUGGUUUAGAAACAAACUAUACUGAUGGAAAUAAUAGAUUCAAUUUAUUAUUCUAUUCAUUGUUAUUCAUUGUAUUUGGUGGUAUGGGUUCAAUUAGUGUGUUCUUUGAUCAAAGAGAUGUCUAUUACUCUCAAAAGGAUAGAAAGUACUAUCAUCCAUUUGCUUAUUUUUGUUCAUUAACUGCAUUAGAAAUUCCUCUGUCUGCUUUGGAGGCCAUUCUUUAUUCUACUCUUGUCUAUUGGAUGUGUGGUCUAAAUCCAAAUGGAUGGAAAUUUAUUUAUUUUCUUUUAAUCAUUUUUGUAUCAAAUAUUUUUUCAAAUACAUUCUUUAAAAUGGUAUCAUCAUUUUCCCCAAAUUUUUUCAUCAGUAGUCUUGCUGCUCCAAUGCUUAUUGCUCCAUUCAUAUUGUUCUGUGGGUUUCUAAUGCCUAAACCAAGUAUUAAAGGAUGGUGGAUAUGGAUGUAUUGGGCAGUACCAACCAAAUAUAUGUUUGAAGGUUUAAUGUCAAAUGAAUAUCAUAAUGUUAAAUACUCGUGUACUGAAAAUGAAUUAUUGCCACCAAUGAAUGAUAGGUUGUUAUAUUUAAAUUAUUCAGAUGGAGGUUAUGGCGGUGCCCGUAGUUGCCCAUACAAUAGUGGUGAUGAAUAUCUUAAACAUUUUGGUAUGCCUCAAAACGGUUGGUUUAAGUGGGUAGAUUUAUUAAUAUCCAUUUCAUAUACUUUUGCAGUAUUGUUUUUGCUUUACUUUUUCUUAAAAAGAGUUCAUUACGAUUCAAGAUUAAUGAAGAAAGAAAAUAUAGACAAUAGAAAAAAAAGAAUUGAACAACAAAAAAAGAACAGCAAUAAAGAAAUUAAAUCAAAACAGAUUAAAGAAGUGGACCUUUCAAUUUUAAAUCAAACCAAUUCCACAAUCAAUGAAUCUGGCAGUUAUUUAAAAUGGGAUAAUAUUUACUAUGAGGUUCAAGUAAAAAGAAACGAUGGUAAAAAAGAAAAGGUUCAAUUAUUAAAAGGUAUAAAUGGCUAUGUUAAACCAGGUAUGUUAUUGGCUUUAAUGGGCCCCUCAGGAGCAGGUAAGAGUACCUUACUUGAUGUUCUAUCCGAUCGUAAAACUGGCGGUAAAAUGAAAGGUGAGAUCACUAUUGAUGGGAAACCAAAGGGUAAUAGCUUCACUCGUAUUAGUGCUUAUGUUGAACAGUUUGAUAUUCUUCCACCAACUCAAACUGUUAGAGAUGCCAUUAUGUUUAGUGCACUCUUGCGUCUAUCUUCGAAAAUGUCAAAAGAAAGUAAAAUUCAAUUUGUUGAAUAUGUGAUCGAUAUGCUUAGCCUUCGUAAAAUAGAGAACAAAAUUAUUGGCUCUGGUGAAAGUGGUUUAUCUAUUUCACAAAGAAAACGUGUAAAUAUUGGUAUAGAAUUGGCCUCAGAUCCUCAAUUAUUAUUCCUCGAUGAACCAACAUCAGGUCUCGAUUCAUCAUCUGCUCUUAAAGUUAUGAAUUUAAUAAAAAAAAUAGCUUCCAGUGGUCGUUCUGUUAUUUGCACUAUACAUCAGCCUUCAACAACAAUAUUCAAGAAAUUUGACCAUUUAUUGCUCUUAAAAAAAGGCGGUGAGACUGUUUAUUUUGGUCCAACUGGUGAAUCAAGCCAAACUCUGUUAGAUUAUUUUUCAAGAUUCAAUUUAAUUUGUGAUCCAUUAACAAACCCUGCCGACUUUAUUUUAGAUGUUACAAAUAAUGACAAGUUUGAUGCAGUUUCAUCGUUUAAAGAAUCUGAUAUCUAUAGCUCAAUGAUUCAAGUAAUCAAAAAUAAGGAACUAAUCAAUACUUCACGUUUAAUUGAAGAUGGUGAAAAAUACUCCUCAAGUUCGAAUAUCCAGUUCACUAAUUUAUUAGUUAGACAUUGGAAAGGUCAAAUUCGUCGUCCAUUUACUCUAGGUGUAAGGUUGGGUAUGUCUUUGAUGCUGGGUAUUGUUUUGGGUACAUUCUUUGUUAGGAUGGAUACAAGUCAAAAAAAUAUUUUCAAUAGAAUGUCAUUAUUGUUUUUUGGUCUAGUUUUUAGUGGAAUGACAGGAAUGUCAUUUAUUCCAGUUGUAACAACUGAAAGAGGGGUAUUCUAUAGAGAAAAAGUAUCUGGAAUAUAUAGAGUAUGGGUAUUUGUAGCUUCUUUUCUUUUGACCGAUUUGCCUUGGAUUUUAAUUAGCUCAAUUUUAUUAUCAGUGCCUGCUUAUUUUAUUUCUGGUCUUUAUUUAACAGAACAUGGCUCAAGUUUCUUUUACUAUAAUUUUGUUUUAUUUACAACAUUCUUAAACUAUCAACUAUUGGCAAUUUUAUUAGCGAUUGUUUUACCAAAUGACGAAAUCUCAAAUGCUUUUGCUGGUAUCUGUUUAGCUAUUUCAUGUUUGUUUGCAGGUUUUAUGAUUCCAUUGGGAAGCAUUGCAAAGGGUUGGAAAUGGUUCUGUUAUUUAGAUUUUGUAAAAUAUCCAUUAGAAAUGAUUAUGGUAAACGAGUUUAAACAUUUAACUUUUGAAUGUCCAAAUAAUAAAGAUGCAGUUGAAAUCAAAGUUCCUUUUGAAAACAAAUACUUUUCAAAAUUCUAUUGCCCAAUUCAAGAUGGAAAGGAUGUAUUACAACAAUUUGAAAUGGAUCAAGAUAAUCUUUAUAAAAAUAUCCCAAUUAUAUUUUCAUUCUCAAUUAUUUUUAUAUUUUUUAUUUUUAUAGGUUUAAAAUAUAUAAAAUAUCAAGUAAAAUAA